AUGGUGUACCACACGACGAGCUCUGUUUGUCAAGAUUCACAGACCCCACGAUAUGCUGAUCUUUACUUCAUGGAUUCGGCUCAGGCGACAAACAUCCGACUGCACAACGAGGCAAAUGCAGGCUGCGAGCGAUGGGUGAUGAUUGCAUUGGACACUAUGCUUCGCGAAGUAAAUCCAUACGCGCAUUUGUACAAAUCGAUGCGCCAACUCUUUGAAGAAGAACAGCGGAAUGCCGUAGCUGAUAAUAGAGAACAAUUUGGUGUUGCAUUGCUAAUUCACAAUGACAAAAGCCAAGAUCAAAGGCGAUACAAUAAUCAAACAAAUAAUGAGAUUGGUGUCGUUUUCAAAAACGUUGAUGGAGCUCCUCCUUCAGAUCGAGACAUUCGCGGCCAUCUUCUGAUUCUGACAAGAGGACGGAGAUGCAUCCAAAUUGACCCAAACAAAUCAAUGUGUGACCCUAUGAGCUAUCCCUUGCUCUUUCCAAACGGUGACAGCGGAUGGAACCCAAACAUUAUUUACAGAACGAAUGAUGAACGAAGGGAAGCAGAAGGAGAAAACGACAAAGAAGAAGAUCCAGAUGUGGUAUCCAAUGAAAGGGGACCAGGAGGUGAAACUACAACAGAGGAGGCUGAGGAUCAAGAAUUUGAUUUUGAAGAAACGGUGGGUGAUCACGAAGACCAAAGCAUAAAUAGAAGACGUGGCAAAAGGACAAGAGUCACGCAAUGUGAUUAUUACCUCUACCGGAUUUCUAUUGGGGGCAAUUUUAACACCAUCCUUUAUUCUGGACAGCUUUCCCAGCCUUAUUUGACGGAUUCCUUCAUUAAGACGGAAGGAAACCGACUUAGAUAUCUACAAGAACAUCAGGCCGAUCUACACGAAGCCCAAAACAACGGCCUGAUGGACUUUUUAAACAACAGAGCGGAAAGAGAAAAUCUUACCGUAGGAAUGACCUACAUUCUGCCAUCAAGUUUCAUAGGAAGUCCUAGGUUCAUACAGCAAGCAUAUCAGGACUCAAUGGCCAUCUGCGCGAAAUUUGGAAAACCGACCUUCUUUGUAACAUUUACGUGUAACCCAAAGUGGCCAGAAAUCACAAACAGCAUCCCUUGGUACCACUCUGCUUCAGACAGACCUGAUGUCGUAUCAAGAGUUUAUAACUUGAAGAAAAAUGAGAUAGUCGAAGACAUUCAAAAACGUCAAAUUUUCGGCGCAGUUACUGCAAGAAUUCACGUUAUCGAAUUCCAGAAGCGUGGACUCCCUCACUGUCAUAUGCUCAUCUGGAUCGACAAACCCGACAUACCCAGAACAUCAGCCGACAUCGACCAAACUAUUUGUGCAGAAAUAUCUGAUAAGGAAACCCACCCAAGGCUUUUUGAAAUCAUCAUGUCCAACAUGAUUCAUGGACCGUGUGGGAAAGAUCUCAAUGACAAAUCACCGCGGCGAAUGUACCAAAUACCUCCCAAAAGAAUUCGUUCCUGA